AUUUAUAUGCAAAAUUAAGCAAACUAUCAUGGGGCCUAUUUGCACCAAAACCCUUUGGAGUUUUCCUAAUGAUAACUAUCAAUUUUAAUACUACUAGUGACUAUCAUUGGGAUAAACAUGAUGCAGCAAAUAUUGUACAUCUUCAGCCAGGACAAAUCAUAGCAUUUGCCUCAUGUUUAUUACUUCAUGACAAUUUUUCAAUUACUAAAGGGAUCUGGCACAGUGUUGUUUAUUUCGUACAUGACUCAUUUUUUCACCAUUUACGAGAUUUUACUAAAGUUUAUAAUGAUGCUGGAAUUGAGAAAGCUGCUAAUAAACCUGAGCAAAAUCUUAAUAAUACUCAAGGUUUAAACAACCAGACCAAACUCUCUAAACCAAUGCCAAAACAAACACAGAUUCCUUCUACUAUAUCUGAUUAG